AUGUUGGGUCUAUCUUCGUUGUCGAGUUUGAACAUUCUCGGUGUGGUCCUGCUCGGAUCAGUAGGUCUUUGCGAUUCACACACCGAAAAGCCUUUCCUACCCAAAGGCCUCGCUUUGGGCUCGCAACCUACGUACAAAACCAAGCCCUUCACUAGCUUCACCCUAGACUCGAAGAAGAACACCGUCGCAGUUAUCAACUACGGCCACGAAGUAGGUGGGGUUCCAUUCUUUGACGUCAAAUCACUCAGUGGUCCCGCCCAAAUCGAGGUCAAAUACACCGAAGCCUACCAAGGCUUGGAAGAACCCUUCAGUGACGGACCGUUGCUGUAUGGAAACCAGCUAGGGAACAAUUUCCGCAUCCAAACUCUGAAUAUCACCAAGGCCGGACGCUACGAUGUCUUUCUCGUUCAAGGUGGACAGAGAUGGGAGUCUCUAAGACUUUUAACUGAGGGGAGUAUCAACUUCUCCAACGUUGGGUUCCAUGCCAGUUUUCCUAAUAAAGACCCGGAUGAGGAACCUGGUUUUUUUGAGUGCAGUGACAAGCGACUCAAUGAAAUUUGGAAAGUUGGAGUGCGAGGUGCGCAAUCUUCGUGUCUCGAGCAAGGCAGUCAGCCAUCUACUUGGCGUAUUGAUCCAAAGAAUGGGGCUCUGAUCGAGUCUUUGAGACCCAUCCAGAGUGAGAAAUCACCCCUUGUUGGGAACCACACUCUGGAGUUUGAGACUAAGAUUCAGAGAGGUGGUCUCUGGUAUGGAGUUGCCUGGGAGAUUGGGAAAGGUGGUGGAAUCGGCCUUCAAAUCACGGGAGACCUGCCCAAGGCAUCUACUUUCAAGAACCACAACUACACACUCUCCCCUCGCAACACCAUGCAAGUCACUUCUGGCUGGGGUCAAGUCAACCAGACUACUUUACCCACGUACCUUCUGAAGACAUUUGACCUCCCAUUCCCCGUCCACGAGAACCAGUGGUACAAGGUCCGUACUACUCUCAAGAACGGUUACCUCAGCGCUUCCAUCGACGGAACCAAGGUCUUCAACAUGUCGCUUACUUCUUAUCGCGUUCUGUUCAGAGGUCAGAUGAAACCCAUUACGCUCACUGGUCGUUUCGGUCUUGGUGCGUAUCAGGAUCAGAUGGCCUAUUACCGCAACGUGAAGGUUCACGACGAUGAUAAGGGGGAGCUUGUCUAUGAGAGCAGUCUGACCUCUGAUGAUAUUCUCGAUGAGUAUGGUGUCAGAGAGAACAUCUUUGCGGCGUGCCUCGAUGGACCAAAGCGCGAUCGACUUAUCUGGCUUGGAGACUAUUUCCACACUUCCCGCAUUAUCGGUGUAAGCACAUCACGCCACGAUCUUCAGAGAGGAACUUUCGAGUCCCUCAUCCCGACACAAAAUGAGGACGGACUAUUCAGUAUGAGUGCACCGCUCGGUUACCAACCAAAUAUCACAGUCUUCUCUGAUAACUAUGGAUUGGAAGACUAUCAGCUCCUCGGCCUCUUAUCCUUGUACUACUAUGUGCAGUCAAGCAAUGAUCUCGACUUGCUCAAACAGGAGUGGAAAUACUUUGAGCGUGUGGUUGAGUGGUCUGUGAGUACUAUUAACAAGACCGAUGGGUUGGUACAUCUCAACGGCGCAUUUACUGGCCCUGCCGAGUCUGGCUCUGCCGUCUCCUGCAUGACUGUCCAGACUCUCCAUUCCAUGGCAGAACUCGCUAGUGCGAUUGGAGAGAAAAGCUCAGCCAAGAAGUGGAAAGAAUCUGGUGAUAAGCUUGCACAAGCUAUCCACAAGUCACUUUGGAAUGACGAGCUUGGUGUUUGGAAGCUUUCUACCGCAAACGAAACCGACUUUUCCGUCACCGGUAUCUCAUUCUGCACCACGAGCGGGGUCGCUACUCGAACCCAAGCCAAGCGCUCUUUCAAAGCCCUUGAUAAGCUUGCUCUUGGCCCAGGAUAUCUCGAUAACACUAGAACAGAUCCAGAUGCACCCACUGCUAGCAUCAGCCCCAACACCAACGGUUUCCUUCUCCCAGCGCUCUUCGAGUAUGGCUCCGACAAGCAAGGAUCCAAGCUUAUCGAUACACUCUGGGGCCCAAUGGUAGAUGACAUCAAGACAUCCACGGGUGCAAGCUGGGAGUACGUUCUUCACGACGGCAGUCCUGGUUUGGGUCUAUUCACCUCUCUCGGUCACCCAUGGGGAGGCGCAGCUACAUACGUUCUUACCGAGUGGGCGGCAGGACUUCGACCUGCACAGGGUGUCAAUGGGUAUGGGUACAAGCACUGGGUUGUUGGGCCAGAGAGUGGUUUGUCUAUGGGCUUGGAUUACGCACAUGGUCGUGUACAGACUGCCUUUGGGGGCAAGAUCGAGGUCACUUGGAAACUGACCAGUAACAAGAAGAAUAUGGAGGUGAGUAUCAAGGCGCCGAAGAAGACUAGUGGUGUUUUUGUAUUCAAGGGGACGGAAAGACAGUUGAGUGGUCAAGAGCAGUACAAGUUCACUGUCAAAGUUUAG